CGAGUCUCCCAGGGUGUCUGUCAGGAUGUCAAAAUUCAGGCAUGGGGCUCCUGUGUGGAGAGGUGGUGGUGGUGUGGUAACACUGCUAUGUGCUCUCUCUCUCUCUCUCUCUCUCUCUCUCUCUCUCUCUCUCAAUGGUUAUUCUAUGUAUUCCUAACCUAACUUAACACAGGCUAACUUAACCUAACCUAACCAAACACAACUUAACCUAACCAAACCUACCAUACUACUUGUAGUCCUUCAAGAAUCAAUGUCAAGAUCAAGGAUCAACACAAAGAUCAAGAUCCAUUGGCGCCAAAAGUCGUUUGUGUAUUCCGUGUCUGGUGGAGGGAACAGAGGCGGCGUCCCCGUGGUGCUGUGGUCAGUGGUCAGGUCACGGCGAGUGUGCGGCAGAUUGCGCCUGUGUUUGAGCUGGCCUGGGUCACCUGUGGCCACCUGGUCACCUGUCUACUCUGUGUCUGGUGGAGGGAACAGAGGCGGCGUCCCCGUGGUGCUGUGGUCAGUGGUCAGGGCCCGCCGAGUGUGCGGCAGAUUGCGCCUGUGUUUGAGCUGGCCUGGGUCACCUGUGGCCACCUGGCGGACUGGCGGCGCCUCCCUGGCCUCACCUGAGGGCGUGCAGCAGGACAGCAGUGGUGAGAGAGCAAGACCCCACCAGCAAGUCCAUUCUGCCCCAGACCCCUUGGGUCAGUGGUCGACAAGACCUCCCGUCCAUUCUGCCCCAGAGUCCCUCGGGUCAGUGGCUGGCAAGUCCUCCCAUCCAUUCUGCCCCAGAGCCCCUCAGUUCAGUGGCCAGAAAGUCCUCUUCUCCAUUCUGCCCCAGAGGCCCUCAGGUGCCAGGUCAGCAUCCAGUGACGGGACUCCCUCCGUGCAUCCUCGGCUCAGGCCCAGGGUUCCUGCAGGACCGGCCGCAACCAGGAGCAGUGUUGCAAUGGAGGAUGUGACUUCAGGCAGCAACAGCAAGAACAGCUGGGAGCAGCAGGCGACCCCAGGCGUGAGGACCUACACUUGUGACCACUGCGGCAAAGUGUGUUCCACCAAGGCAGCCAUCGCCAGACACGUCCUCUCCCAUGCCGGCAAGAGAAGACUGAGAGGCAGGAGUGGCCCCACUGAACACACUGCCACCCACACUGGCGGCAGGAACCACAAGUGUGACCACUGCGGGAAGACAUUUGCUCGGAAGAGUUAUCUCUCCUCACACAUCCUCACCCACACUGAGGAGAGAAAGUUCCAGUGCCUGGAGUGUGGGAAAAGAUUUACCAGGAAGGAUUCCCUUGACACACACAUCCUCACCCACACUGGGGAGAGAAAGUUCCAGUGCCUGGAGUGUGGGAAAAGAUUUACCCAGAAAGGUAGUCUUGAUACACACAUCAUCACCCACACUGGGGAGAGAAAGUUCCAGUGCCUGGAGUGUGGAAAAAGAUUUGUCCAGAAAGGCCAUCUUGCCUCGCACAUCCUCACCCACACUGGGGAGAGAAAGUUCCAGUGCCUGGAGUGUGGGAAAAGCUUUACCUUGAAAGGUGAUCUUGACAGACACAUCCUCACCCACACUGGGGAGAGAAAGUUCCCGUGCCUGGAGUGUGGGAAAAGAUUUACCCUGAAAGGUAAUCUUGACAGACACAUCCUCACCCACACUGGGGAGAGAAAGUUCCAGUGCCUGGAGUGUGGGAAAAGAUUUACUAGGAAGGAUACCCUUGACACACACAUCCUCACCCACACUGGGGAGAGAAAGUUCCAAUGUCUGGAGUGUGGGAAAAGAUUUACCUUGAAGUGUUCCCUUGACAGACACAUCCUCACCCACACUGGGAAGAGAAAGUUCCAGUGCCUGGAGUGUAGCAAAAGCCAGGAAGGUGAUCUUGACAAACACAUCCUCACCCACACUGGGGAGAGAAAGUUCCAAUGCAUGGAGUGUGGGAAAAGAUUUAUCCAGAAAGGCCAUCUUGACAGACACAUCCUCACCCACACUGGGGAGAGAAAGUUCCAGUGCCUGGAGUGUGGGAAAAGAUUUACCCGGAAAGGCCAUCUUGACACACACAUCCUCACCCACACUGGGGAGAGAAAGUUCCAGUGCCAGGAGUGUGGAAAAAGAUUUACCCAGAAAGGUAGUCUUGACACACACAUCCUCACCCACACUGGGGAGAGAAAGUUCCAGUGCCUGGAGUGUGGAAAAAGAUUUGCCCAGAAAGGCCAUCUUGCCUCGCACAUCCUCACCCACACUGGGGAGAGAAAGUUCCAGUGCCUGGAGUGUGGGAAAAGAUUUACCCUGAAAGGUAAUCUUGACACACACAUCCUCACCCACACUGGGGAGAGAAAGUUCCAGUGCCUGGAGUGUGGGAAAAGAUUUACCCUGAAAGGUAAUCUUGACAGACACAUCCUCACCCACACCGGGUCCCCCGAGUGCCCAUGAGGUACAAACAACUGCGGUCAAAGGGAAAGAUUGCCGUCCUGAAGAGAGCCCUCGGAUACACUGGUAACACUGCUUAGGGUGUAACUUUAGACCCCAGGCUUGGGGCCAUUGCACUCACCAAACAAUGAAACAAGAAAAUGCAGAAAACAGGGAGAGAAAGUUCCCAGGCCUGCAGUGUGGGAAAAGAUUUGCCCUGGCAAUACCAGUGGUGACUUGUGGGUGUGGUGUGGUGACUGGCCACAACAUUACUGCCACAAACCAGCUGGCAAUACCAGUGGUGACUUGUGGGUGUGGUGUGGUGACUGGCCACAACAUUACUGCCACAAACCAGCUGGCAAUACCAGUGGUGACUUGUGGGUGUGGUGUGGUGACUGGCCACAACAUUACUGCCACAAACCAGCUGGCAAUACCAGUGGUGACUUGUGGGUGUGGUGUGGUGAUAGGCCACAACAUUACUGCCACAAACCAGCUGGCAAUACCAGUGGUGACUUGUGGGUCUGGUGUGGUGACUGGCCAAAAGGUUUAUCCUGCAAUGUAAUGUUGACAAACAUCCUCACCCACACUGUGGUAAGGAAGUACAAGUGUGGUGUUUGUGGCAGUGUUUGUGUAGCAAGAGUGGGGUUGCCAGACUCAUCCAAACACACCUGUGGGGGGUGAGGUGUUGUGGAUGUGGUGGUCGUGUGUGAGGGACUUGGAGUGACUAGUGUUUGUGUGUUAUUACUUUGUACUCAAGUGUUGGAAUAAACUUUUGUUGCUAGAAUGCUGAGUUAUGUUGUUAACAGUACUUAAUGUGUGUGUGUGUGUGUGUGUGUGUGUGUGUGUACAAAAUGGCCAGUAUUAAUCCUCGCAUGACAAACACAGCAGUGGAUGACUGGAAUAGACUCAGUAGUCAGGUUGUUAGUGCAGAGUGAGUCAUUACAGAGCUUUGAAGUGUUAGACAAGUGUUUGGACAGGGCUGACAGGUGGAAACAGACAGGUGUGUUUUGUACAGGGACUGCCACGUGUAGGCCUGAUGGCUUCAUGCACCAACCCUUGUGUUCUUGUGUACUACUACCGCCACUACUACUAUUAAUAAUAAUAAAACACUUCAUUUC